AUGCAUCCUAGCACAAUUUAUAGUCAAAAGAACACAGGCAGCCUUACAACGUCAGACUCAUUCGACGGAUAUUUAACCUGGUACGACGCCGGCGUGGGAGCAUGUUGUUGGAUGAACAAUGCAGGUGAUCGUGCUUGCGCAGUCUCCCAUAUUCUCUUCGAUCGUUUCUACAUCGAUCGGAAUUCGAGUCAUGAUCGGCUAUGUGGUCGGAAGCUUCGCAUUCGGCGCGGUGGACGCAGUGAGGAUGUCACUGUUGUAGACCGGUCCAUUGGAUGCAAAGAAGAUGGUAUUGAUAUUACUCGUGGUACGCUCGAGGCUCUUGGGAACCUUGACGAAGGCCAUGUGCGCGUAGAUUAG